AUGUCCGAGGAUAAUGACAAGCUGAAGGCCAUCAUGGAUGCCCUAAAAAAGAGCCAGGAUUUUGCGUCCGAUGGAGCGGAGUCAGACGAUAAACAAGACGCGGCCAAGGAAGAGCUCGGAGCGGAAUCAAACUCAGAAGAGGACAGCAAUGGGAGCGACCUCUAUCGCGAGGAGGAGACGGAGUCUGCCGGAGAGCCAAUGGAGGCUGUCAUAGCUGCGGAGGACGGGCUGAGCGUGGAGGAGGACGAGGUGUCCGGGCUAGGCGGUGUGGAAGACAGCAGCGAGAACCGCGAAGACUACGAUCCGCUGAAGGACGAUGCGGACGACGCGACGCGCGCAUCGGACAGCGGGGAUGACGACAUGGCGGCCACAGAGAAGGGCCGGGAGGACACGGCGGUGGUGGUCGUGCCGGAAAACGACGAAAAAGAGAACAAAGAGGGCUCGUCGGAUGGGCGCCGGCGGGACUCCAAGAGCGGCGAGGAGCAGGAGGUCGCGCUUCAGUCGCGCGAGGCGGUGGGGUCCGGCGGUAAAGAGGACGACAGGGUCUGUAACGAGAACAUCGACCGCGAUCUUCUCCAGCGGCAGGUCCAGUAUGUGCUUGACAGCGACAUGCUCUCGCUACCCGAGUUCCAGGAGCUUUCUUCGCGGGAGAAGGUUGUUGCGAUAGUGACCUUGCUAAACUCCAACGGUGACACAUCCAUGCCGUCGAAGGGCUCCUCUACGGGCGUGAGCGAGGCCAUAAAGCGGCGCCGGUUCCCGCCGCCAGACAUGUCGCAGGCCAUGACGCCCGAGGAAAGACAGCGCUACACUGAGUACUUGCGCGGCGAGAACAGGAUAACAGAGAUUGAACACUUCCCUCCCAAGUCGCGACUAUUCAUUGGGAAUCUUCCGCUGAAGAACGUAACCAAGGAGGACCUCUUCCGGAUAUUUUCGCCAUACGGCCACAUCUUCCAGAUUAAUAUAAAGAACGCUUUUGGCUUUAUUCAGUACGAUAAUGCGCAGUCGGUCAAGGAUGCUAUUGAGUGUGAGUCAGGUACCAUGAAUUUCGGAAAGAAGCUAAUAUUGGAGGUAUCUAGCUCGAACAGUAGGCCGCAGUUCGACCACGGCGACCACGGCACCAAUAGCAGCUCUACCUUUGUGACCUCCAGCAAGCGUCCAUUUGACGAGCAGGGCGAGGAAGAGGAUAUGUACAGCGACAACCACUACAAGAAGACCAAAAAACGCAUCCCACAAUGCAUGAUCUUGGUGAAGCGCACUGCCGACCGCUCGUAUGCAAAUGAGGUGUUCAACAUUUUCCGGAACGGCUCUGGAUUAGAAACAGACAUGGUGUUCCUAAAGCCUCGGAUGGAGCUACGCAAACUAAUCAACGACGCUGCAUAUGACGGCGUAUGGGGCGUCAUAUUGGUGAACAAAACUCGGAAUGUCGACAUACAGACGUUUUACAAGGGCCCGCAAGGGGAAACAAAGUUCGACGAAUACGUCAGCGUUUCGUGCGAGGAUUCCAUCGCGAUUUUCAACAAUCUCAAGACUACUCGUGCCGGUCGUACCGGGUCGAUCUCGCCGCCAGUCCAGCAGCGUGCCAAACUCCCGCCGCAGCAGCAACAACAACCUCCGCCACCGCCUCGGCAGCAGCAGUAUUACGCCGGCUACGCGAUGCCUCCACAGCAGCCACCAUACGUGGCUCAACCUUCGAUAUACGGGGCUAUCAAUCCUGCAUCGCAACCACCACCGCCCCAGCGGCAGCAGCAACAGUACGCAUCCAUGCAGCCCUACGGUGCAUUCCCUGCACAACAGCUUCCGAUCGCUGCUCCGCCCACACACGCCACUGCCCCCAUGGACCAGUCGCAGCUACUCGCAGCUAUCCAGCACCUGCCACAGAACGUUCUCUCCAGCUUGUUGUCCAUGACGCAGCAGCAGCCUAACCAGCAACAGCAACAGCAGCAGCUCCUCGGCCUCAUCCAGCAGCUCCAGAGCGGCCAGCAGCCCCAGCUCCAGCAGCCUCUCCCAUCCAACGUCGGCGCUCCAUACGCCGCCUUUGGCUCCCCCCCACAGAACGCCAACAUGCUGGCUGGAUCGCCCCCACCAAUGCCGCCCCAGCAGCAGAUACCUCAACCCCAGCAGCACCAGCCACCGCAGCCACCGCAGCCGCAGCCACCGCAGCCGCAGCCUCAGCCGCCACACCAGAAACAGCCCUCCGUACCCCAGGUCCAACCCCAGCAGGCCGGUAGUAAUGUGCAGAGCCUCUUGGACAGUCUUGCUCAAUUACAAAAAUGA